UAACAUUGUUGUCGUAAAACACGUGGUUCCAAAUCCUAAAAAAGUCACAGAAGAAAUUUAUGAUGCAAUAAUUGAUAUACAUGAUACAUUUGGUUAAAAUGACUAGAUUGAAGCACAUAUUUAUAAUUUCUGGAUAUGCGAAGAAUAUUUUUCGAAGUUUUACAACAAACAAAGUUUUGAGCAUGGCGGCAGUUGCAGAUGGUGAUGUAGGAGCACUGAAAAUGAACGGCAUGGAACGCAUACCCCGUCCAUUUGUUAUUGGAGUAGCCGGAGGAACAGCAUCAGGAAAGUCAUCAGUAUGUGAUAAGAUCAUGUCUCAGCUAGGACAGGAUGAUAUGGACAGAAAACAAAGGAGGGUAGCCAUUAUAAAUCAAGAUUCUUUUUACAAAACUCUGAAUGAAGAAGAAAAAAAGAAGGCAUUAAAAGGAGAAUUUAAUUUUGAUCAUCCAGAUGCAUUUGAUUGGGAAAGAAUAAAAAAUACAAUGAAUGAAGUUGUAAAAGGACGAAAAGUUAUGAUACCAGGGUACAACUAUGUAGAGAACAAGAGUGAUGAGUCGUGUCAUCCAGUGUAUCCAGCAGAAGUUGUACUGUUUGAAGGAAUACUUGCCUUUGCUGACAAAGAAUUGAGAGAUAAGUUUCAUAUGAAGCUUUUUGUUGACACAGAUCCUGACACAAGGUUAUCUAGAAGAGUUUUACGUGAUACAAGAGAAAGAGGAAGAGAUAUAGAACAGAUUUUACAUCAAUAUACAACACUAGUCAAACCUGCCUUUGAAGAAUUCUGUUUACCAACAAAGAAGUAUGCAGACGUAAUCAUUCCAAGAGGAGCUGAUAAUACAGUGGCUAUAGAUCUGAUUGUACAGCAUAUUCAAGAGUUAUUAAGACCAACAAAACAGUCAGUUAAAAGAUUCAGACAUAACUCUGAUUCGUUUGUGGGACGACCACAUUGAUCUUGUAUUUUAAUUUAUAAAUAUUGGGAUAUCUUUACUAUUUGAUGGAUUGGAGGAUAUGUAGUAAAUCAACAGAAUUCUGCAUUUAUCAGUUAUCUUAAUGAAUGAAAUACUUCAUUAAGCAGUUUUAAUAAUGAAAUUGUGCAAUUUUUAGAAAUUUUAGUAGUGUGUAAGAAAUAUAUUCUAAUAUGAAUAGAUGAGCCUUAUUAGUAUGUUUUUGAAAGUGAGAGAGAGAAACAGAUAUGAAAUGAAAAAAAUCAUUAAUAAAUUUGAGAAUGGAAUUAAGUAUGUUUUUCAAGAGGUGAAGUAGGAAAAGGGGGUUAAAUAAUGCUUGUGUUUCAAUCAGAAGGGGUUUUAUUAUGUUUGUUUUUUUAAAUUGUGGUAUAU